AGGUUCACGUAAAUACGUCUAUUCCACAUUGGUUCAAAAUGACGUGUAAAAAAACGUUGAUUCAAUCAGUGUGUGCCCAGUGGGUUCCCUCGUCUCCCUAUCACCCCUCCCUUGUUGGUUUCUCUCACUUUGCAUUCAAGCGCGCAAUGCUUUGUCUGUUGUCUGGAGAUUUUCGUCUGGAGACAUAAUCGUAUCCAAAACAAGGCAGGAUAUACCCCGUGAAGCUAUAAUCCAUGUAGUCUGCCCCAUCAUUCACGGACUUCAGAGAGGAAGGCAAUUGAAUUGGCAUGGAAAUGUUGGUCUUCACCGAGGAAAGUCAUGCCUAAACUUCAAACCUUGCGUUUAUUCCAUGAAGUGUAAUAUAUGCUAGUAGCCUGACUUAAAUAAGAUUUUAAACAAAGUAGAAAAUGAGCUCUUAUUUCGUUAAUGCUCUAUUCUCAAAAAACAACAACAGCGAGUCCUGGCAUUCCGAUUAUGGGCUGGCACAUGAUUUGGGAAGCACAUCCUCUGUAUCGUACGGAUACGGUGCCGGUGGCACCAUCCAGCAGCAGCAUCCCACGCAGUUAACGGAAUUCUACAAUGGCACAUCGUUGUCCAAAACCGCUCACCAACACCAACUAAAUCCGUGCGUAUUAUCGCUGCCAAUGGGCAGCUUGUAUCAUGCCCACGAUGUGAUACAGAGACCAACCUUUUCCGCAUCCCAUAAUACGGAUUGUAUCCAGUACAGUGAUUAUCAUUUGAAAUCCACCGGGGUUGCAAAUGAUUCCGUGUGCGCAGAACAGUGCUCCUCUCUACCCGACCUCUUUCCCUGGAUGAAACCACAAGCUACCGGACGGAGAAGAGGCAGACAGGCAUACAGUCGCUUCCAGACUCUGGAACUUGAGAAGGAGUUCUUAUUCAACUCUUACUUGACCCGCAAGCGCAAGGUUGAAGUGUCGCACGCUCUGGCACUCACCGAGCGGCAGAUUAAAAUCUGGUUUCAGAACAGACGCAUGAAAUGGAAGAAGGAGAAGAAGAAGGACACAUUUCCGAUAAACAGGCCGGAUCAGAAUGAAAUCAAGAAAGAGAGCAAAGAAACUUACAAGAAUAUUCAGACGUCAGAUGAGGAGGGUAAAGGAUAAGACUAUCCUAGACUUGGUGAUGGGAGGUCACACAGUGAUAACAAAUGUGUUAAUUAUAAAUUGCAUUUCGAAUAAAAAAAAAUCAACAGUCAAAUCUAUUGUGUUUGUUGAUAAUUCAUUGUCAAAUUAAAUUCAAUAAAACUUGAGAAGACGUGCGCAAAAUAGCUUUUACGCACCAUUUUACGCAUCAUUCCAAUUAGAGGUUUGUGCGUGUGAAUCACUUCUGCAGAAUAGUCUGAACAGGUAUUUAUGUUGUUAGAAUGUAUAAUUCUGUAAUUUAGUGCAGUAUGGUAGCACAGCUGCCACACUUUCUGCCACUAAUAAUAAUGAUUCAUUAGAUGGGCUUCCGAGUGGCGCAGCGGUCUAAGGCACGGCAUCUCAGUGCUCGAGGCGUCAGUACAGACCCUG